AUGAUGUUGUCCUCUUACAGUGAUAGACAAGGAUCCUCUUAAGUCCACGUAAACUAUUUUAAUUUGAUUGGAAAACACAUGAUAAACUAUUUUUUUAGCACUUCCACUGCUUCACUGAAUUUUCCAGUUCAGACUCGAUGGUAUACAUCCAUCAGUUGCUUUAACUUUGCAUUUCACAGAAAAAUCUCGGAGUCAUCAGUUGAAUAGAAAUAUCCGCUGGAUUCAAUGCAAGUAAAGAGUGGAAUAGGAAAGGAACCGAGAAAGGGCAAUGGAAAAUAAGGAAUAAGGAAGAAGGAAGGAUCUCUGGAAAGUGGAGAGGGGAAUAGGAAAUGGCAAAUUGAAGAACUUCUACUGCGAUGGAUGAAUAUCGAAGUCAAAAUGCUUGCCUUUUCGCGAAUGUAAUAGACUUUAGUAUGGAGGAAAACCAACUUGUUUACAUUUCCAAUGUAAUGACCUGCAUUUUCAACGCGUUAUUCGCCGUUCCAGCCAUCGUUGGAAAUAUUCUAGUUGUGUUAGCGAUAUGGAAAACACAUUUGGCUCGUUCUCCGUCAAACAUCUUACUGUCCACGCUGGCGUUCGCCGAUCUUCAAGUUGGCUUGAUCGUUCAGACACUUUUCGUCUGUCACAAGAUGGCUGAAAUCUUCAAAGCUGAAGAGCUGUCUUGUUACGCUCGCUUUGUGUAUAUUGUGUUUGGUUACUGUAUUACUGCAGUUUCUCUUCUCACGCUAACUGCCAUCGCUCUGGAACGAUUUUUGGCAUUGCACCUACAUUUGCGUUAUAAAGAAGUAGUAACAAAAAAACGGAUUUUAAUAGCGGCCUGUUCUUUCUGGGUGCUGGGAAUAGCAGUGACUUCACUAUAUUUUAUACAGAGGAGCGUGUUUGGCUCAAUUGUGAUAGCCUCUGAAGUAUUAUCCAUCGUGAUAACCUCUGUGGCAUACAUCAAAAUUUACAAAAUAGUGCGUCGUCAUGCCAGAGAAAUACAGUGUCAAAGACGAUUUGAUCCUGGAACACAGGUCGAAUUAAACAUGAAAAAAUACCAGCGUUCGACGUUCACAAUGGUGAUUGUAUUUAUGCUGUCGUUUGUCUGCUAUGUUCCUUAUUCUUUGGUGAUGGUGGCCAAACUCAAAUACGGAUUUACAGUACCGGUGAAGGUUGCAACUGAUGUAUUUUCGACUGUGGUUUGUAUCAACAGCUCUCUGAAUCCGUUUAUAUAUUGCUGGAGAAUGAAAGAAAUUAAGCAGGCCGUCUGGGCGGUGAUCAAACGAAAUACUGGGGUUAAUCCCGGAGCCACUGAACAAAGCACGAUGACUUUCAAUCCAUUACCACCCAAAAGGCUGGAUUAUGGCUCUGGCUGUAAAACGGUUCCCGAAGCACCACAUGAGAGUGUCAAGUAACGCGAAAAAAAAAAGGAAGAAAAAUCUAUAAAAUCCUAUCUUUUAAAUUCAGAAUUAUGCGGAGUGCAGUUUCUGUACGAAGAAUCAUGGCUUAAAUUGUCAGAACAAGGGAAAUUAAGGCAAUAUAAGUGAACAAAUAACAUCAGUGGCAGUGAAUGUAAGAGAAUCGUAAGCUCCAUAACUAUUUACUGAAUAUUCCAACUCAUUGAAAAACUUAUGAGGACUUUGAUGCAAGUUCAGGAUAAAUGGAGGUUGUACCCGCCGGCGGGCAGAUCAAAUAAUCUUUAUUUUUUAUUUUUAUCUACAACAGCCAACGGCAAAUGGUUCAUUUUAUCUCAUACGAUGCUUUGCAUUCAGUUUAAUCUCCUUUAAUUUAGUCACCCAGUUGUCUAAUAUAUCACACACAGGCUUGCUGUUGUUAAAAUAUAAAUACUAAUUUAAGAAAAUUAAGAAAAAAAAAAGGCUGCCAGUCUUUCGAAAAAGCCGCUGUCUUUAAUGUUUCAAUUGUUUUUCAUAGUUUCGCCAGAAUAUGGCAUACAGGAAAUGACCCAAAGAUUCGUUUGUUUGAAACUUUACAGAAAUUAUCUAUCGAUCGAUUUAGUGUCUUAUUUCAUCCUCGCAACAAAAAUUGUGUUUCCUCAAAG